GACCCCUACGCACAAUGGCGCAAAGUCUCUUGCAGAUGCUACGGGCUGCGCGCCAGACCCAUCUUCGCUUCGUCUCGGGGGCCUUGUCUCCCGCCGAAUCCCCCAUCUACGUCAUCGGCAACUCCUCCGCCGAUCUGGACUCGAUGGUAUGCGCCUUGGUUUACUCGUACUUCGCCAAUCGCACUUCCCGACGCCAUAUCCCCCUCAUCAACCUCUCCAAGGUCCCUUCGGGCCCAGAACUCCGUCGCCUACGGCCUGAAUUUGCCAAGGCACUCUGGAUAUCCACGAACAUGGCAGACCAGCCGUGGGACGACACGCCCGAAUCCGCGGGGCCCCUCCUCCGCGACCACAUCCUCACCGUCGCAGACUUCGCAGAACACCUGAAGCAGCAGCAGCAGCAUGGACCAGAUGGCUCACCCCGUCACCUCACCGCCGACGCGGUCCUCGUCGACUGGAACGCAUUACCGAUCCGUCCGACGAAUGGGCAGCGCGGAACCGGACGCUUAGAGGGUCUUCCGACGGUCGAAUUCUCCGUCGUCGGCUGCAUCGAUCACCACGUCGAUGAGGGAUUUCUGGCCCCUAAUCUCAACCCCCUGGUCAUUGAGAAAGCCGGAUCCUGCUCUUCACUUGUCACGACUACCUUGCACACCAUGGGAUUGUGGCCCACGCCUUCUUCCCCUACCGCAGACUCGAACCCCUCCGAGGAAGAAUGUCAGAUUGCCCGACUAGCCAUGGCCCCGCUACUCAUCGACACGGUCAACAUGACCGCCGCAGACAAGGUGACGGCGGUUGACACGCGUGCGCAGGAUAUCCUGCGACAGACGCUCGAAACCACAAAUACCGAGCGCAGUGACAUCGAGCGAGACUACGCGCAGAUCCAGGAAACGAAACAGAACAGUUUGGAUCUGCUCACGGUCGAUGAGAUCCUCGACCGCGACUACAAGCAAUGGGCGGAGUCGUCACCCCUGCGACCCGACCGACCCGUGCGCAUCGGGUUCUGCUCCAUGGUCAAGCCGAUCCCCUGGAUUGUGCGGAAAGCGGGCAGUGCGCGGGCAUUCCUGGACGCGCUGCGCGUGUUCGCGGAGCAGCGGAACCUGGACAUUGUCGUGGUGAUGACGGCGUUUAGCUCGUCGGUGCGGGACGGCGCGUUCGUGCGCGAGCUCCUUGUCUGUGCGCCGGACGAUGGAGUCGCGGCUCAUGCGCUCCGCGAUCUAGAGGCUCGGUCGAGAUCGCAGUUGCAGCUGCAGGAGUGGUCUGAUCUGGGAAGCGCCCAUGCGGAUGGCCAGUCCGAGGCCCAGACUAUCCGAGACGUAUUAUCCAGUGACCAGGUCCCUUGGAGACGGAUCUGGGUCCAGGGGGAUGUGACAAAGAGCCGGAAACAGGUGGCUCCGCUGGUCCGGGAGACAGUGACCUCUCCGGCAGGAGACAGGCUUUGAUACCGAUAUGAUUUCUAUAUAAAUAUUCACAUAUAUAUGACACAGCGAUGAUGAUGGACAGCGCCGAGAUGCGGGCGUUCUCUAUAUUUAUCUUACGAAUGCACGACCUACAGAAGAGAAAACAAAACUAUGUGAGGGUUGUGGCCAUGACGUUAGGCCUAACCUUUCGUUCUAAUAUUCAUGCAUCAGUCUAUGCGCUGGUUGGUCGUGGUCCAAGAUAAAAAGAAAUACAAUGCCAAAGAAAGAGAAGAUGGAAAAGAAAAGAAAAGAAAAGAAAAAGUCCAUAAUCACACAUUGUACACCCAGUCGCCAUACGCAAGGAAUGUUCUCCAGUAACUCCAACUCAUGUAGUAGAUUUGC